AUGAGCCCAACGAUCAAGCGCGAGGCCGGUGCAGCUGCACAAGCCAAACCGACCAAGGUUACCGACAGUUUUAACAAGACCGCCGAGGAACAACUUGAAGAGAAGCCGGCAGCGCCCAUAGGGGCGAUGGAAAAGCUGAUAAGGAUGCUCGGGGACAUCAGCGAACGUUUAAAUCGCUUGGAGUCGUCACAGAAAGAGCAUGCUGGAAAGAACGUCAAGGGACCUUCGGAGUCUCUUUUCGGUUCAGUCCUAGGAGCGGGGAUGACCCUGCAGGCCUUGGAGGAAGCACCUCCCCGGAAGAAGUCUCCAGCCGACCUUGGUGGACGGCGUCAAGAUUUCGGGAACGACGGAACACAUCGUGGUGCCUACGGUGGCGUGGAAGCCAGGAUGGGUGCGUUACCUGAACCGGCUCGCCCCAGGCAAGAGGCACCUCCGAAUGCAUACCCUAGUGUGGGUUUGCCGGACAGGUUUUUUGUUGGAGAAGAACCCCAAGUCUACGGGAUACCGGAUGCGAUGAAGCGAAAACUCGCACUUCAACCAUUUGAAGGCAAGGAACUCUACCAGGGACUUGGUAGUGGGUUCAUUGGAUGGGGCAAGGAAUUUGUUCGGCAAGUUGGGUUCGCGGAACGUGCAUGCGGAUUUGCAUGGCCCGAGGGCAUCAAGGUCAAAGUGCUGGGCCAACACCUUGGAGGCAAGGCCCAGAUUUACUACCGUCGGCAGGUCGAGUCAUGGUGGGUUGAAAACCAGACGCUGGACCAGGAUGCUGCAAACUUUCAGCACGAAGAUCUCACCCGCACAGAGCAUGAAACUCUUCACGGCACCGAAGGCAGCACACAGAAGUUGGAUGGACCAUUACCUGUAUCUGACGGCCGUAAGAGAUGCAUGCGGAGGUUGGACAUACACCGACCCGACUCCCUAAGACAAGCCGAAGAGUUGGCUCAGUUCGCACAACAAGUCGAGAUUGAGUCGCAUGUGAAGAAUUUGGGUCGCGAUGUGGUGAACGCUGUCGAGACUCGAAAGGAGUCAAAAGAGAGGGUCACGUCAAGGCCAAGAAGGAACAUUGAAGUGAGCGACGAGCGCGUGUGCUACAAAUGCGGAGAAGCUGGACACAUAAGGUCCAAGUGUCCGCAGGUACGGAAGAAGGGUGCAGGUGCUGACUUCACCUUCGCGAAUGGGGACAGUGGUGACCUCCAUGAGGACCACUGGAUCCUCGACAGUGGGUCCAGCAGACACUUGGUCAACGACCUAAGUCUACUGAUUAACCCCGAAGACUGUCGGGGUGAAUGCUUGACUGCAGCCUCCGACGGAGAUGUGCUCCGAGUGACCAAGCAGGGGAGCGUUGACAUCAAGGUUGUCGCGCUCGGGGUCAUGAAAACAAUAAGGCUCCUUGAAGUUCAGUACGCUGCAUGUCCUCCGAUCGGUCUGUGGAUGCGUCCAGUCAACCUCGAGCGAAACAUCAUAUCUUAUGGGAAGCUCGAGGCGAAAGGAUGCGUACUCGAAUAUCGAGGAGGGGGGCGUGUGCUGACCUCCGGGUCGAAGGGCGCACCAAUCAUGAAUGUUGACCGCAUAAACAACGUGUUGGUUGUAAAGGUGUUAGGUCACCGUGCGAAAGUCAUGGGUAUGUCAAAGGAAAUUAUGGUGGCAGCGAUUAAUUCAACUGAAUAUGAAUCCGAUUCGGAUGUUCAGCGUGGUACCUUGAUGCACUUCCAUCGCCGGCUUGGCCACCUUUGUUUCGAUACGAUCAUCAAGAUGGCCAAGGACCCCGCAUCGUGCAUCAAGCUGACUGACACAAGACGCAUGAAUUGCUUGGCGUGUGCUCAAGGCAAGCAGACCAAGCAAGUGCAAUCGAAGGUGGAUACUGGCAUGAAUUCACUUGUGGUGAAGUGCCAGGAGAAUCGGGGCCCAGGGUACCAAGGCCCCAGGGUACCAGGGUACAGGGGCCCCAGGGUACAAGGGCCCAGGCCUCGCAAGGUCCCAAGGUUCAAUCGAGGGUCACCAGGGACAGGGUUUCCAGUCACCAGGGACCGGAGUACUAGUCACUAG